CAUACAAAACACUGAAGGAAAGCAAACACUCAACAUCAUUGUGAACAUGCUUAUCUCCUUCAUAUAACACGGUGGUGGCAGCAUCAUCCUGUGGUGACGUGUUUCUUCAGCAGGGAAGCAAACCUGUCGGGAGAUGCAAAAGACUUGAGACUGAGGCAGAGGCUCAUUUUCCAGCAGGAUGAAACCAAACAUGCAGGCAAAGCUAUAACAGAAUGGUUUAGAUUACAGCAUGUUCAUGUGUUAAAAUGACCUAGUCAAAGUCCAGAACUAAAUCCAAGUCAGAAUCUGUGGUAAGAGUUAAAAACGGACACAUUUCGGUCUCUAAAUGUGCAACGCUGGUAGAGCCAAACCCUAAAAGACUUACGUUGGUAGCUGCAGUGAACGGUUGUUAGGGAACAUGUAAGGAAAUACAACCCGCUCUUUUCAGAGUUCUGAAAAACUAAAUUCAAUACGUCAGUUAUACAUCACAUUACACCGCACAUAAAUGUGUGUGGUGUAAUGUGACAAAAUGUUUAAAAAAAAAGUUUAAAGCAUAAAAAUAUUUUGGCAAGGUAGUGUACUUGCUUAAUCUAGCAAAGCAUAGCUAAUAGCUAUAGGGCAGUAUAGGAAAACUCAGUGGAAAUGUUGCUGAUAUGGAUAGUUGAGGUUAAAUAUUAAUGGUCCACCUACAGUCAGUCACAAAGCAAAAAUAAAGCAAGAAAAAAGGGUUGAGGUAGAUAUUUUUUGAAUUUGCAUCCAUUAGGUCCCAUGCUUGAGUUACUCAUUGUGUUUCUGUUGUGGUUAGAGACGCACGCUGUUGGUUAGAUCCCUCUGACAGCCCGUCUGUAUCUGUCAUGUUGUGUGUUUUAAAGCUCUGCGUUCUGGUUUUGGCACCAGUACCAGUGCUGAACUCUGCUCCUCCCCAACUUGUCUCAUUGAUGAUGAUAUAAACACUAUUUGGGCCUGCAUGUUAUUCUCUUGUUCGCACAGGAAAUGAGGAAAUGUUUGCUUUCAUGGUUUUACUCAGCCACCUGUUCACUAGAAAAAUAACCGGAUCGGCACCCCAGAUGCUGUGGUGACAGCGUGAUGGUAAUGCCAGGAAGCUGAUCUGUCAUUUUCACAUUGCUGUUCUGGCUGAUUGUUGUCUCCCAUAGACAUACUGUAUGCACCUAUCUCCCUCUUAUAGAUGGAGUUUGCUUGCAGUCACGUUGUAUGCAACUGGGGGCCAGAUGGAGCAGGUAUUUCUCAGUUUGGACCUAACUAUGAGAACAUUGCAAUUCUAAAACAGCAAACAGAUCCACUUCCUCCGCCGUUGCCUCCUCGUCGCUUCAGGAAACCUCGACCCACUUCCCUUCCCAAUCAACCUUUUUCCGCCUCUCAUCUUCCAGUCACUCCUCUCUCCCUCCCUCCUCCUGUUCCUCCCAGGCUUGAUUUGCUGGAAGGAGAAAAUCGCUUUAAAGUCAACAUCAACGUCGUCUCCCUCGGUGUUGGAAAACUGGCCGAUAUCAGCCAGGAUGCUGGUCUGGAGUCCUUCCAGAGCCCGGUGAUUUGUGGGAAAUGUAGUGCUGCACUGUCAUGUCUAAGUUCAGUUUGGAAGAAGUUAUGGGUAUGUGAGUUCUGUGGAUAUGAAAACGGUGUCGACGAAAAUUUGGCCCAAGUGUGCAUCGGUCAGCGUGCAGGUGUGCGCAGUGACGACCUUUACCUGCCGAGAGAGAGUGAAGACGACUACCAGAACCUGGAGGACACGAUGGUUGUUUUCUGUGUGGACAUUUCUGGCAGCAUGACUGUCACAACAGAGGUGACAUCAGACAGCGGCUCCACGGUGCACGUAUCCAGAUUAGAGGGAAUCCAGGAUGCUCUCCAGAGAACGCUAACAUUCGCGCUGCAGAAGACACCUCACAGGAGAGUGGCCCUCGUCACCUUUAAUGAUGAGGUUGUUAUAUAUGGAGAUGGUACCCGCACUCCACUCACUAUCAAGGACUGGGCAUUGGUUGACUACGAACACAUCUGGAAACAGGCGGUUGGAUACAACGUUCCUCACUGCAUCGCUGAGACACACCAAGAUCUCAGCCAGAGAGUCAAAGAGCUCAGAGAACAUGGAGCUACAGCUCUCGGUCCGGCAGCUUUGGCGUCUGUAGCUUUGGCAUCAAAAUACCCCGGCUCAAAGGUCAUUUUGUGCACCGACGGCAGAGCCAACAUCGGACUCGGUGACAUGGAGCAAGCUCAGUCCUCUUCUGCAAAGACUCCAUAUUUCUAUAGAGAGCUGGCUCUGCAGGCGGUAGCGAAAGGAGUCAUAAUCUCAGUGAUGUCCUUUAGAGGGACAGAUUGCUGCCUGGCUGACAUUGGGAGACUGGCUGACAUGACUGGAGGAAGGGUGAACAUUGUCAGCAUCGGUACCGUGGCAACAGAGAUCCAGUCCAUAUCUGAAGACAACGUCUUAGCAACAGGUGUCACUGCAACCCUGCUUGCUGCUGAGGGAGUGUAUUUCCCAUAUGAGGAUGAGAACAAUCACAAACUGGUGAGAGAGAUUGGAAACGUAACAAAGGGACUGGAGAUCACCUUCGAGUUUGCUGUGAAACCAGAUUAUAUGGAAUUUUGUCUCCAGAGGAACACACUUCCAUUCCAGCUGCAGCUCAACUUCAAGACCAAAGACCAGCAAAAAGUCACUCGCAUCAUUACCGAGCAACGGCCAGUAACCAUAAGCAGUCAGAUUCUUCUGGGAAAACUCAACGUGGCGGUGCUAGCCGUUCACUGGACUCAGCUCUGCGCCAGUUUAACCAUGGAGGGCCGAGUGAAACAAGCACAGAGGCAGCUUGCAGCUCAACAAGACCUGCUGAGCUACCUCAGUAAGUUGAGGCCAAUCCAAAAGGAAGAGAGAAUCUAUGGCAACUGGAUGGAUACCAUGACAACAAUUUGCAACGAAAUAGAAACAGAGUCUCAGAUUCUGUCUGACGAAGCAGCUGAGGUAGUGUACCAGAUGAGGAGAGCCAGCAGCAUCAGCAGCAUCAGCAGCAACUACAGAGCAGGCAAUCAGAAAAAGACUUUAGUGAAGAAAAAGGCAAUGCAAGCAAUGUAAAAAAAGAUAUAUAAGCUGAUUCUAUGAAUCUUUAGCAGAGAGGGAAUAUAUUAUUUCAAAUUAUAAUUGAUUUAGUCCCAUUUUUGUGAUCUUUCACAUGUUCUAGCUGUGCAAAAGCUGCCCUUAAGACGUACAGCCAAGACUAUUUUGGAGUCAGUUUCAUAGUUUGAUACUGACAUGGGAGAAUGUGAUUUUUAGAUGGCAAAUUUGGGUGAAACGCAAAAGUCCAAAAUGGAUCAUGUUCUCUGAAUAGAUCAUAGCAGACAUUAAACCAAGUAUUAUAUUUCUGUUUUAUAGGAAGCUCAUAUAUCAAUGUACUUCUCUGUUUCCUGUCAAAUACAGACUUUUAUGUUGUACUGUAAAAUAAAAUCACACGUGUUCUUCAAUUUCUUCUCAUUUUUCCUACUUUAAUUUAAUUUAUUUGAUUUAAGGGUCUGUCCCCACUAUUCUGAUUAUUUACAGAGAUUUUCUGCUCAGUUAGUUUCUCCCAUCUACAUGCAGACUGAGAUUUAGUGAAAAGAUUGAAAAAAGUGGAGAUUUAUAAAAAAUAAACGAGGUUGUGGUGUAUAAGUGUGGACUGUAUGAAGGCUAUUCAAAAUAGGGCACAUUCUCCACAUGCCUACUUGAGCUUUUCGGUGCUAGCAAAGCAGGUUUUAAUUAGUUUGUUUUGUUCCACACCUGCCUACUUUUUCCUUGCUCUGUUUCCAUUGAACUUUCAAAGAGUACGUGUUAUCAAAGAAAUCCAAGCUAGAGUUGUUUUGGGAUAUCUUUUCUUUGUUUUUAAAACUUUGAAAAAAUGCAUCCGUUAUCUUGAGAGCAGCUUGGAGCUUAAAUCAACUGCUACGUUGAUUCUAAAUAGCCUCUAGCUAUACUCUCAUUAGCUUUACUUUGAGUUGUGUGGAAAUAUAAAUGCCUUAUCAUUAGUAGCUAAAGCUAAGAUAUGUUUGGGAUUUGCUGCUUAUAGAUUGAUUAUUAUUAGGAGUUUUUAGUUAUGCUUUUGAGAGUUAGAAAAAUCCU